UGGACCAACCAGACCAUCGUAUAACCAUAACCAUAACCCUAACAAAGGUAAAGGUGAACGUCGACCACCAGAAGCUCUAUCGGCGGUCCUGCCGCAUCGAUGAAGGAGGGUGUGUGUUACCAUGACAACCGCUCACGAAGAGUCCUUGGCAACCAAACUGAAAGCCGUCGCUCCGACCAUCUGAACCGUCCGUCAAGUGAAAGUUAACGUUGUUCAACUUUGUUGGAUGACUGUGUUAUAGAUGGUAGUUUAUGUUUUAAACGCCUGGUCAGAAUGGGUAUCGAUUACUACGCCAUAUUGGAAAUUAACAGAAACGCAACAGACGCGGAUAUCAAGAAGUCGUAUCGGCGUCUGGCUUUGAAGAACCAUCCGAGCUGCCGACCGGACUACUUCGAUGUCUUCCGGGACCUGGCGGAGGCUUACGAUGUGCUGAGCGACCUGAGGAAGAAAGCGACGUACGACAAGUUCGGCGAGGAGGGGCUAAAAGGGGGCGUUCCCCAGGAGUUUGUGGCGAACGGGGCGUGGUCCGCUCCGUACGUCUUCCACGAGAACCCCAGCAAAACCUUCCGGCUCUUCUUCGGUGGCGACAACCCGUUCGCUGACUUCUCCGUGGGGGCCGAGGACGGGUCCGGGGGGGUCCCCAGCCAAGAGAGGAGGAGCCAGGACGGCCCGAUAGAACGCGACCUCAGCCUGACCCUGGACGACCUCUACCACGGCUGCACCAAGAAGAUCAAGAUCUCCCGCAGGGUGAUGAACGAGGACGGCUACACCUCCAGCAUCAAGGAGAAGAUCCUCAGCAUCGCUGUGAAGCCCGGCUGGAACGAGGGAACCCGGGUCACCUUCCCCGAGGAGGGAGACCAGGGACCAAACAGUGUUCCUGCGGACAUCGUGUUCAUAGUGCGACAGAAGCCCCAUCCCUGGUUUACAAGACAGCGUGACAACCUGGUUUACAAGGCCUCUAUCUCUCUUGAGAUGGCCCUGACAGGGUUCUCAGUCGACGUUGAGACACUAGAUGGCAGGCUCGUCAACAUUCCCGUCAACGACAUCGUGCACCCCGGGUACAGCAAGCUGGUCCCGGCCGAGGGGAUGCCCCUCUCCCAGUUCCCGGGACUCCGAGGGGACCUCAUCCUCACCUUCGACACCCAGUUCCCCCCGAAGCUCUCCCCGGAGAGCAAGCGACUGAUCAAACACGCCCUGUCAAUCUGAGAACUGUACCACCAACAACACAAAUAGUCCUGAACAAUGUGACCAGUACGAACACUACGAACAUCGCUAACAUUACGAACAUUACGGACAGUAAUACCACCAAAAUGAACAUGACAAACAACGCCAACACGAUGAACAAUGGAGACGAUUGAGACAAUGCUCGCGUACAAUACCAACAUUGCAAACAAUGCAAACUACAUGAGGGAUGCAAACGACAGCAAUGAUACUCAGAGAACGAUAAACAUUAACAUUUACAUCGCUGUAAAGUUACAUCUGUGUUACAACAUUUUGAAGUUUUUGAUAAACGUUUAUUUCCUCUUUCAGUGUAUGUGUCUCUCUUCAGCUCAAGUGAGUUAAAAUAAUCAAGUCAAAAUAUUGAAUACAGAAUUCAUCACAUGUUAAAUGAAUGUUUGCACAAGUAUGCCGGUACGUUAAUUUAUUGUGGUUUGAAUCUCGUCGCCCUGACCAUGAUGGGCCUUUCCCCACCAGGCUGACUUCCACAGAGGACCAGAGCUGGGGGUUGACCUCCAGAUAUAAUGCAGUCCGGUGGAACUAUAAUUGUCCCUGUUCUAAUCCUAGCGGUACACGCUGCACCAUAAACCGUUGUGCUGAGUCAUCAUGAGAGGCUCACGCUGCGUCCCCCCCCCUCGCUCAAAUCACAUCCACAUGCACAGAAUCUCUACGUCUGACCCACAACGUCUGACCCACAUCUGUUCCUCUUUCAGUUUUACUCUCACAUUUUGUGCUGCUUACAUAAGCCAGCUGUCUGUCUGUCUGUCUGUCUGUCUGCCUGCCAGUCCGUCGGUGUGCAUUUCUGUCUGCCUGCUUGCCUUUCGGUUGCUCUUUCUGUCUGUCUGGCAGUUUUCCUUCUAGUCAUCAUUUAAGGAAGUGCUUUGACUUCAGAAUCCUAAAGGUUCUCAAGUUAAUGCAUUAGUCCCUGGAUUGUAUACAGACAAUCAACCCUAACCUUAAUAUAUAUAUAAAGAUAUGACUAAAGAUAUAAGAUCUAUAACUAUAUAUAUGGGACUGUGGCUUUAAAUAUAACUAAUGAGAGAUAUGAGUCGCUAUAGAGGUAAAUAUUGAUAGAUAUGAGACUACCUAUAGAUGUAAAUACUGAUGGAUAUUGUAAUAGCUGCUGCAGGAUCCCUUCUCAAUGACGAUCAAUAAAAUAUUUCAUGAAAUAUGAUGAAAAGGAAACAUAAUUGGAAGUAUUUAUUAAUCCACACUUUGACCUAUAUACAUAUUCUUUAGGACAUUAUUCAUAUAUAAUAUUUGCACAUCGACUUAUUGACCAGCAGUAAGUAUUGUUUCAUAGAAAAGUUUCAACUCCAGUUUGAACAUGGAUAUUAGAAUGUAAAAACACCUGUUUGUACAAACACCUGUAAACAUUAACUCAGUUCAACAGUCCAUAAUACAGUGGUUACAAUACAAUCCUUUAAAUAAUACUUAAUACCUUAAACAAAAAAAAAGGCCCCUUCAAGCUGUACGACCAGUCCCAGUCCCAUCCCUCCCAGUCUACGGCCCUCGCCA